AUGGAGCAGGAGUCAUGCAUGGAGCAGUGCAUGGAGCAGUACAUGGAGCAGGAGUCAUGCAUGGAGCAGUGCAUGGAGCAGUGCAUGGAGCAGGAGUCAUGUAUGGAGCAGUUCAUGGAGCAGGAGUCAUGUAUGGAGCAGUGCAUGGAGCAGGAGUCAUGUAUGGAGCAGUGCAUGGAGCAGGAGUCAUGCAUGGAGCAGUACAUGGAGCAGGAGUCAUCUCGUAAACGCCACAAGCGUUCGAGGUGCCAAGCAUUCGACACAGCGGGUGCCAGAGCUGCUGUGUCCGACACGGCAAGUGCCAGAGCUGCUGUGUUCGACACGGCAAGUGCCAGAGCUGCUGUGUUCGACACGGCGGGUGCCAGAGCUGCUGUGUUCGACACGGCGGGUGCCAGAGCUGCUGUGUCCGACACGGCGGGUGCCAGAGCUGCUGUGUUCGACACGGCGGGUGCCAGAGCUGCUGUGUUCGACACGGCGGGUGCCAGAGCUGCUGCCCGGCGCGGCGGGUGCUCGAGCAGCUGCCCGACACUCUGA